AUGGCUUUUCCUAUAAUUAUUUUACUGCUUUUUCUAUUAAAAUUUGAAAACAUUACCUGUAAACCUGCUGAUGGUUACUUUGACUUCAUCAUCGUUGGAGCAGGAUCUGCAGGAUGUAUCGUUGCUGAACGUCUUUCCGCCAAUCCUGAAAUUCGAGUCUUGCUUAUCGAAGCUGGCGGCGAUUCUCUUCAAUUUUUACAAGAUGUCCCUUUAGCAGCUGUUAAAUUGCAAAACAAUGCGGAAUACAAUUGGAACUACACAAAUGAGAAACAAGGCAACGAAUGCUUGGCUAUGGAAGAUCAACGUUGUAACUACCCUCGCGGCAAAGGACUCGGCGGUUCGUCACAAAUUAACGCUAUGAUGUAUGUUCGCGGUAAUCCAAACGAUUAUGAUUCGUGGGCAGCUGAGGGAUGUACCGGAUGGGAUUAUGCCUCAAUUUUAAAGUAUUUUAAAAAAUCUGAACAUUUUACGCAAUCUGGACAACCAGGAAUGAUUGAUCCAGAUUCUCAUGGUUACAAUGGACCAAUGUUUACAGAGUUCCCGCGUUUUCGCACAGAAUACUCACAAACGUUCGUGCAAGCUGGGAUAUCGCUGGGAAUGUCACAUGUUGAUUAUAACUCUGAACGACAGCUGGGAGUGUCGUAUUUACUUGCGAGUACUCACAAUAGUCGACGUGUUGAUACAGGAACAGAAUUUGUCACGAAAAUUGCGAAAAAUAGACCUAACUUUUACGUGACUUAUAAUUCGCACGUUACAAAAGUACUUUUUGAUGGCAAUACAGCAAAAGGAGUUCUUUUUGACAAAGGAAAUCUCACGUAUGUCGCUUAUAUAACACGAGAACUAAUCUUAUCUGCUGGCUCGAUAAAUACUCCUCAAAUACUCAUGUUGAGCGGAAUAGGACCUGCUUCAACUUUAAAUGCUUUGAAAAUUCCCGUUUUACGAGAUUUGCCUGUGGGAAAGAAUUUGCAAGAUCAUCCAGCCCUUUCUACGACUUUCACUACGCGUUUCAGUGGUAAAGCUAUACAGUUUUUGGCUUCUUUUGAUCCUUUAGUAACUGCUAAAUGGACAACGCAAGGCGGAACACAAUUAAGUAUCCCAUAUUCGAUGGAAGCUCUCGUUUUUGGCAAAUGUGAAGGUUCCUCAAAACCAGAAGGCGUCCCUGACUUUGAAUUAAUUUUUUCGCCAGCAUCAUACGUAACAGAUCUUGGCUUGUAUCAGCGCCGAAACCAUCGAAUGACUAAAAAUUUCUACGAUCAAGUCUAUAGUCCAUUACAAAGAAUGGCAAAUGACAGCAUUUCUGCCAUUGUUUUGUUACUUCAUCCAAAAGCACGUGGUUACGUGACACUUCGUGAUACAAAUCCAUUUUCAAAGCCUCUCAUUUAUUCCAACACCUUUGCAGAUCCGGAAGCAGCAAAACAGGAUAAAAAGACAAUUUUGUGCGGAAUUCGUGCUGCUCAAAAGAUUUUUAACUCAGGACCAUGGAAUAAAUACAAUCCUCAACUUUAUGGUUUGCGCAUUCCGGGAUGUUCAAAAUUUGUUAUCGAUGCUGAUGCGCACUGGGAAUGUGUGAUGGAAUAUUUGACAACGUCAAUGUAUCACAUGUCAGGAACUUGUCGCAUGGGUGAAAAAAGUGAUCCAACAGCAGUUGUUACGCCAGAUUUAAAGGUAAUUGGAAUACGAAAGCUACGAGUAAUUGAUGUUUCGGUAAUGAGAAAUGUAAAUUCCGGGCAUACAGCUGCUCCGGCAAUGAUGAUUGCUGAAAAAGGUGCCGACAUGAUAAAGCAAGAGCAUAACAUUUAA